UGUCCCCUGGUUCCUGUCCCCGGUCACGGGAGGGAAGAGCCCAGCGCCUCUCAGAGCUGUGACUGCGUUUCCGCGGUGCCACAGCAGCACCUUCCUCGCACUCGCUCAAUCCCAAGAGCUUUUCCCAUUCCUGGGGACGAACAACGCCCCAGCCCACCCCCGCUCCCACCACUGCGGGCUGUGCUCGGGGGCUCCGUCCCACCCGCCCGAGGCCGCCGGGCCGGGCUGGCCCCGGUCACCGCGGAAACGGAAACGCGCGGGGCCUGGGGCCGCCGGGAGCGGGGCCGGUUUGAACGUUCGGCCGCCGCCGCCGCCGCCUUUCCCCGCCGUGGCCGCCACCCGGAGCCCCCCGAGGUUACUCUGUGUUCUUUCAAAAUGAACAGUGAAGAGGAAAUAAAGGAAAAACUGGAUGCAGAAUUAGAUCGCUGUGUUGUGGCUAUGAAGCCCUAUGUCCUAAACCUGAAGCAUAGUUCAGAAAGAAAAAGAUGCUCACUGUGGAUUAAAAAACUCUGCAGACCUUCAGGAACAGGCAUAGGAAUAGUGGGAAGGGAGAAUCGAAACUUGUAUGCAAAACUGCUGCUCCACAUGCUGCAGAGAGGAGUUCUGGAUGGUCCCUUCACCCAAAAACCAGAGGAAGGAAUGCUGAAAACUUUGCCUGCCUACAUGUCAGUUUAUUUUGAUGAACCAAGUUCACCAAGAGUUCGGAACAGUAGCCCUGACUGCUACCCUGAGUGGGUGGUGGGAGAGCUGGGAAACCAUGAAAGUAAUGUAUCUUCUGUGGAGGAAUCAUCUUCAGCAACACCACCUGCACAUGGGGAAAGAUUCAAUGAGAAGCCAUCAGUAAUAUCCCGUUGUCUGAGUUCUCCUCACCGGACAGAUGAAGAUAACCUAGGCACGCCACUAUCUGAUGAUCAUCACAAAAGAAACUUUUCGUUGGAUGAUGAUGACCUCGAAGCACGACUCAAUAGUUGGAAUCUUGGGAUUCCACCAGGUAUUGGUGAAGGCUUCCACUGUUCUCUGCUGCUCAGGGUGCUGGGAUGCCAAAUUGGGGAGUACCUUGAGCUUCUGGCAAACACCUUCAGCCCUGGGGAUGAUCAGUUAGAAAACCCCAGAUACCUGCGAGAAAAACGGGUGCCAAUGACUCUGAUGACACCUAAAAUUGGCCUAGGAAAGAGCAGCCCCACUCGGCACCACCAGGCGCUGUUUCUAACGCAGGAAAAAGAGCUGGAACUGAAAAUGAAAAUAGCAGAAGGUAAAUUUCACGAAGAAAAACUGAAAUUACAACAGAAGCAUGAUGCUGAUGUUCAAAAGAUUUUGGAUAGAAAGAAUGAUGAAAUAGAUGUGCUGAAGUCCACCUACCUAAAGAAACAAAAAGAAUCUGAGGAGACGAUUAGAAAACUGGAGAAAAAAGUUCACACCCUUGUUCGUGAGUCCCAAGUUGUGAGAGAAGCCAAAGAGCAGCAGAUUGUGGAGCUGAAGAAGAUGUGUGAGCAAAGCAAUGAUUCCUUGAACAAUGAGUGGGAGAAAAGGCUCCACGAUGCUGUGGCUGAGAUGGAGAAGGAGAAGUUCAACAUCCGGAAGAAGCACACGGAAGAUAUGCAGGAGCUGCUGGAGGAAACCAACGCUCGGCUGGCCAAGAUGGAGGAGGAGUAUUUGCAGCAGACACGAUCGACUAAUGAGACAGUCCAAAAGCUGGGGGCUCGUGUGCAGCAGUUGACUGUUGAGGCUGAAAAUAGUCAUUUGCAACGUCAGAAAUUAUCUCAAGAGAAGACUGAGGUAGAACAGCGUUACCAGGAGGUCUGCUCCCAACUUCAGGAGCUGAAAGCAAGGUACAACUUACUUCAGAAAGACAAGAACCAGAUUAUACAGGAAUACAAGGAGAAGCUUCAGCAACUACAAAGUAAAUUUGAUGUUGAUAGAGAUUUUCUAAAGCAGGAACAAGCUCAGCAGACAUCUGAUGUGAUUGCAGAAUUACAGCGUGGAAUGGCUCUGUUGAAACAACGAUUGGAAGACUCAGAACAUCAAAGGCAGCAACAGCUGAGGGAUCAAGAAUACAAGGUUCAGCAGGACAAGCUUCACUUGCAGCGUGCGUAUGAGAAACAGAUUCAUGGCAUUCAGAAUGAUCUGGAUAAAGAAAGAGGGAAUGCUCAAAAGAAAAUUCACCACCUGGAACAGGCUCUGAAGGAGAAGGAGGAGCAGCUGAGGCGGGUGACGGAGGUACAGAGGCUGCAGGCCCAGCAGGCAGGCGCUGCCCUGGAGGAGUUUAAGCGGCAGGUGGAGCUGAACUCAGAGAAAGACUCUGCUGAAAUGAAACAGCGGAUGGCACAGGUUGAAGCAGAUCUAAAGAGAUCAAAAUUGCUCCGGGAAAAGCAAGCCCAAGAAUUCUCCUGGCAGUUGGAUGAGAUCAAGAAAAGAUAUGAACAACAGAUAGUGGAGCUGAAGCUGGAGCAUGAACAGGAGAAGACGCACCUAUUCCAGCAGCACAACGCAGUGCAGGACUGCCUGGUCCGAGACCAUCAACGGGAGAUCGAGAAACUGGAGAAACAGCUUCGCACUGCCAUGGCAGAGCACCAGAGUCAAACUCAAGAAAGCAGGAAACGAGAUGGCCAGAUCCAUGGAGCAGUGAGUGUCCAGAGUCACCUCCCUGCCCUCCAGGAGGUUCCUGAUGGGGGUGUUGCGGAGAGAUUCCUGAUGGAUAUGGAUUGCAACAAGCCAAAUAUUCCUACUUCUGAAAUCAUGUCAGUGUUCAAGGCAGAACAGCAACUCAUUUCACAAAGCUCUGCUACAGUACCUCGAAUCUCUGCACGCUUUUAGCUGAGUCCAUCACAUUUCUAUUUAUGAUCCAAUUACAAGCUGAAUGUAGGCUGGAAGAGCAGAAGGAGCAGCACAUUAAUCAAAUUCCCUUGUAAUGACUGUGUUCUCAUGUGGGUGAUGCUCUGAGGUGUGAUACAAGGCAGGGCACACAGUGCUGGCUUUUCCUGUCCUUGCCCAGGGCUGGGCUGUCCCUGGGCUGUACCUGCUCAGCUUGGCAAGCAUCCACGAAAGGCUGUUGUAGUGAUGGGAGAGCUUAUUCCUGGCAGCAAAAGAAAUUGUCCCUGUGUUUCAGGCUACUACAUUUUCCAUUCAUGGGGAAAAUAGAAAUAAUUUGCAUAUGCUAAGAGAGAGAUGAAGGAUGUUGCAGGAGCAUCUUCUCAGCCCAAGAUGGGGACUUUAUCUGCAUUUCUAAAUAUUGAUGUUUUUCUUCUGAACAUGAUGUUUCCUAGCAAUAUGCUUUUUGCCUUGGAAAAGUUAUUUUCCACUUACAGUACAUUGGCAGCCAUUGUUUGUAUUGUUCAGGAUCAACCCUGGGAUUUUUCUAAAUGUUAUUUUGAUUUGAUGACUGUUCAUCAGUGAAUUAUGAAAGCUCUGAUUGUUUAGGGCACAAGAAGGGCACAAUGCAUUACUGGGUCACAUGCUCACUUAAUGCAUACACAUUGUGGUGGCAGUAGUAAUAGCUCCAUUAAAGAACAAAAGGUAGCAACACAUAGAAGCUCUGGAUCUGGCCAAUCCCCUCAAAUUACCAUAAAUAUUUGAGCAAUCUGAAUAGUUUUGGACUCUGUAGUAAAGCUUUCCUGUUUUUAUCUGGCACUGAAGGAAUGUGGAAUAAAGUAUUCAUUUAACAAAGUACAAAAAUGUGUGCUAUGCAGUUAUAAUCAUGUGUCAUUAAUCAGAAAAUACUGCAGAAACUCUGACAAAUUAAAAACACAAGGAUGUGUCUGCAAGGGCUUUUUCAGUCAUUAAAAAGCUGCUUCACCUCUCAGGCAAACUAUUUAAUGGCAACUCCUUGCUCAGUGUACUGACAUCUUCAAAGGCUCUGACAUCUGUCGGCCUUUGAACUACCAUUAAAAAAUAUUAUCCCAUUUCCAUUCUUUUAUGCCCAUUUUUUUAAUUAUAGUCCUUCUUUCAAGUUAGGAACAUGGUUGGUUUAAAUGAUGCUGUCCUUUCGUUUUCAGCCACCCAGCUGCGGUUUGAAUAAAUUGAUGUAGAAUCAAAGGCGGGACUUUAAAGGGAAAAGGUUUGAUGGACUUGGACUCCGAACCAGAUGAGGUUUUAUGAUGAAAAGGGUUUAAUCCCAGCACAGGCAUCGCUUCUAUCAGUUGAGCAGUACAAAGCGAUUCAUAUAUAUAGGUUCACGAGAAAUGAUCUUUUUUUUUUUUUUUUUUUUAAACAGCACAGAUCUCUUCAGGACUUGCAAAUGUGGCAUUAGCUAAUAUUCAGAGAGCUGAUUUCCUUUCAUCCACCAGAAGCUUAUGAUUAUAGUACAGUUCUCGAAUUGGAAAUGAGAGCUGCAACACAGAUUUAAGGCUCUGCUGUCUGAUUUGUAUUCAAUAUACAUGUCACUGCGGGACAAGCCCGUCUAGGCCGAGCUGGUUCAAUGAAGGGAAAAACCGUUUCAGCAUCAGAAAUCGGGGGGGGGGG